AUGGAAAACAAAACACCUAAUAUCAUAGGAAAUAAGUAUAUGUCGCCAAUUGGAGGAGUAAAGCUCCCUCUCGGUUUAAUGACAAACAAAUCCCCUACAGCAAAAGUAAAUAAAUUGAAGAUGCAGUAAACAAUGGUACAUUAGAAAUUACCUCAAAAGUAGACCACCAUGUCUAGAACUAAGUUGAAUGGAGUGGGAUUUGCAGAUAACUUCUAGUACAAGUCACAAAAUACAGAUUACUACUCUGAUGUCUCAGGAAUAUCACCUAGAGCUGGAAGUAAUCUCUAAAAAUCAAUCCCCAAAUUUUAACUUGAGUCUAAAGCAGGGAAAAACUAUGAUUCUUUUGAGGAAUUUAUCAAGACUCUAGGCUGUGCUGAUAUUAAGGGUAUGGUGAUGAAAUUCCGUGCUUUCAGUGGCUAUUACGGAGAAAAAGACAAGGAAAAGGAACGUCAAAAUUUGCAGGAAUUUUUCAAAAUAGCUGAUAAAGAUGGCAAUGGGGAUAUCUCAUUUGAGGAGUUUCAAUAUUUUGGCUCGUAAAUCAUCUUGAUUGAGGGCAUUUCUCAAGCCUCUGAAGAGCAAAUGUAUGAUUUGUUCAAGAAGAUAGACGUGGACUAAGAUGAGACCGUGUCAUUUCAUGAGAUGUUCAACUAUUGGUGCCUAUGUUGUGCUGAUAAAUUAGCAGUAGUUGAAGAGGAGGCUAGAAAUAGGGGUAUUGAUGUGUGA